UUGCAAUAUGCUGUCUCGGAUACCCCAUCAUUGCAUUCGGCUCGGCUGGUGUAUCCAUGCUACAAUAAUCUGAUGCAAUUUAAUUGAAUUGAAAGUAGUACAUCGGUAAAAUAUUUAAUAAAAGUAAAUACAGUUGUUAUAAUGCCUGCUGACGAAAUGGCCAAUCUGACAUUGGGAGCUAUUUAUACUUCCGAAAAGUCCGGAAAUGAUGAAUCCGGCGAUGGUUCUGAAUCGAAGCCAUAUAAAACUAUUCUUCAAGCUAUGCGCCAUGCAAGAAAAGAACCCUUUCCUGUGAUAUAUGUCGAUAGCAAAGAUCCCGAUGCAAGUGACAAAUAUGAACUUGCCGCAAAGUCGCAAUUGAAGAAGAUCCAAAAAAUUUGGUUACGUGAAAGUCAUAAAAAUGUCGAUAAAGACAAACGCGAAGCCGAAGAUGCCGAAAAGCGUAACCAAAAUUUGGAAGAGGCCAAAAAGAUUGUAUUAACCAAAGAUCCGUCUUUGUCCGAGGCUGUGAAGAUUCGUAUCUUUGAUGGAGUUAAGAACCGUGAUAAACUUGUGAGAAUCUAUGGUUGGGUUCAUCGUCUGAGACGCCAAGGCAAAAAACUUAUCUUUAUCACCUUGCGCGAUGGUACCGGUUUCUUGCAGUGUGUUUUAACUGAUCGCCUAUGCCAAACUUAUGAUGCUCUUACAUUGACCACGGAAUCUUCCGUGCAGUUGUUUGGUACGUUAAAACAGGUCCCAGAGGGUAAAUCGGCACCCGGAGGCCACGAAUUACAUGUCGACUAUUGGGAAUUGAUUGGUUUGGCUCCCGCGGGUGGUGCCGAAAGUAUUCUCAAUGAAGAAGCCCAUCCUGAUGUGCAAUUGGAUAAUCGUCAUAUUAUGAUUCGCGGCGAAAACACAUCGAAGAUCUUAAAAAUGCGGUCUGUCGUUAUGGAAGCAUUCCGCUCGCAUUAUUUCAAACAUGGAUAUUGUGAGGUCACACCACCUACUCUUGUGCAAACACAAGUUGAGGGAGGCGCAACAUUGUUUAAGCUUAACUAUUUCAGCGAGGAGGCUUACCUCACUCAGAGCUCCCAAUUGUAUUUGGAAACCUGUAUGCCUGCGUUGGGAGAUGUUUUCUGCAUUGCACAAAGUUAUCGCGCAGAACAAAGUCGCACUAGACGUCAUUUGGCAGAAUACACACAUAUUGAAGCUGAAUGUCCUUUCAUUACAUUCGAUGAUUUAUUGGAUCGCUUGGAGGAUCUUGUUUGCGACGUUGUCGACAUUGUUUUGAAGUCCCCCUGGGGUCACAUUGUACAUGAAUUGAAUCCUGAUUUUAAGCCACCCAAUCGCCCAUUUAGACGGAUGAACUAUGAGGAUGCCAUAAAAUGGUUGAAGGAAAACAAUGUAACUAAAGAUGAUGGUUCAUUUUACGAGUUUGGAGAGGAUAUUCCGGAGGCACCAGAACGCAAAAUGACGGAUACCAUUAACGAACCAAUUAUGUUGUGUCGUUUCCCCAAGAAUAUUAAGUCAUUCUAUAUGUCCACUUGCCCUGAAAAUCGAGAAUUAACUGAAAGCGUCGAUGUUUUGUUGCCAAAUGUCGGUGAAAUUGUGGGAGGUUCAAUGAGGAUUUACAAUAACGAGGAGUUACUUAAAGGUUAUGAACGUGAAGGCAUCGAUCCUAAACCCUAUUAUUGGUAUACCGAUCAACGCAUCUAUGGCACUCAACCACAUGGUGGUUAUGGAUUAGGUUUGGAGCGAUUUAUGUGCUGGCUACUUAAUCGCUAUCAUAUUCGGGAAGUCUGCUUGUAUCCCCGUUUCUUGGAUAGAUGCAAACCAUAAAUUAAACAUGGAAGUUUUCGUCAUUUUUAUUGCAGGCGCAUUUAUACAAUGAAGUAUAAAACAUGGCACUUGAAAUAUGUAUUUAAUGCAAGCAUAAAGUGCGAAUGUUUAUUUACCAAUAAAAUUACGCAUAAACAAUUGCUUAUUUAAUUAAACAAUA